ACCUAAUUGGGCUGAUUUUUGAACUCGUGUCCUCUGCGAGGCAGAGACCGGAGGACACCUUUUUAUCACCGACAUGUGAUGCAGCAUCACUGGAUACAUCUUCAGUGUUAUGAGCUGUUUUUCUGGGGUGAGGUGAGGAGGAUGCUAUAAUCCCGCCCGCCCUCCUCCUCCCACAUCACGUAGUCUGGUUGAUUUCACUUUUCGUUUCUCACACACACCCCUCCUCUCUGAUCCACCCUAACCCAUCCUGGAGACUCCCAGCACACUGCGCUGGAACAAGGCGCCGCAGCCGGUUCAGCAGCUUUCUCGACAUAAAAGGAUAUCUUCGGAUUUCAGACAAACGGCGCACGUUUGCAAACACAUCGUGGCUGUAGAGGAGAUGUUUGGUCGCGUCUGAUGCUGAUUUUUGCACCUGAGAAUAACGUUACCACGAUGGUAAAGCCAGGGAUGCUCCGGCUGUGUUGAGACAGGCACUGGAUUAAAAAGGUGUAACUACAGGCAGCACACACAGGACUGGACCACAAACAGGCUUCAUCUUGCUGUCAGCAUGGCUGUGAAUAUGAUGCCAUGUCCCGACAUUUGGCCAGGGGAGGAACAACCAUCGCUGCUGGACCAGGAGGGCUCUCUGGCGAGCCAAGCUCCUGUCUCUGAGCCAUGCCCACCAGUCAGAGGUGAACACAGCAGCAGCCCGGCCAGCACAAGGCUCCCCCGCAGCAAAUCCAAAGGAGAGCUAGUCAUAGUCAUCAACGAGAAGCUCAAGAACAGUAAUGGGAUCCAUCCAGCACCUGCAGAGAGCACCUCUCCAGUCAUCUCCUCUCCUCCCAGAAGACAACACUCCAUCUCUUACCCCCAUCACAGCAAGACCAGGAAGGGGAGCAGGGCGAGUUCCAUCGCCUACACCGCCUUCUCGCCCAGGCCGUCGCUUUCUCGCCACUCCAGCAUCGCCACCAACCCACCCUUGGACCGGACCAAAGUUAAAGACUACCUCUUCCUGUCCGUGCUGGCCUGCUUCUGCCCCGUCUGGCCCAUCAACAUCGUGGGAUUCGUCUACUCCAUCAUGUCCAAGAACAGUCUCGAGCAGGGAAAUCUGGAUGGUGCUGUGCGUCUGGGACGUGUGGCCAAGAUGCUCUCCAUGGUGUCACUAGUAGGAGGGACGGUCAUUAUCAUCGCCUGCAUUGUCAACCUGGCCAUAAAUGUGAAAACCUGAGUUUCAUCCCAUGAUGAAACUGGAUAAGGCAACUGAUCAUCUGGCCCGCACCUGCACCACCGUCUUUACCGCCUAGUCAUUACCUGGAUGUGUGACAAAUAUGCACCCGAUAUACAGUGCUUACUUGUAUUUCUGUAAUCUAUAUAAAUCCCUUUUGCUAAUGGAAGAAAAUAAAAUAUGCAAAUCCUGCGCUCUGAUUGGGGUGGGGGUGGGGUGGGUAGGGGGUGGGGUUGUCUGUCUGAUGAUAAAUGGAGAAGGGAGUAGGCAGUCUAAUCAGUCCCUUCGUAUUCUGGUCAACACAUUCAGAAGGAUUCUUGAGAAAGACACAAACUCUGCAAGAAUCCCAUCAUCACCCACAGAACUGACUCAGACAAGGUGGACUAGAAAAUGGGGAGAUUGUGGAGGUGGUUACAGAACGUGAAACGGGCAGGGUUGUCUCCCAGCUUCAGCGCCACACGCAAGUCCCAACAAAAUGUCCGUGAAGUCCAUCCUUCACUGCACCGACGACAGGAUGCAUCAGAGUUUCAGCUUGCCGUUAAAUCCCCUCGGAUACGUGGAGAGGCUCUGGGAUUUCUGUUGCAUUGGAAAUCACAGAGCAGAAACCCUUUCAAUCACAAUAUGUCCUCAGACUCUCCUCUGUGUGGUUCUCAUGACUCCUGCCAUACAUCUUGUGUUUGAGAGUGAGCGUACGGGUGGCAAAAGAGGAUGAAAAAGAGGCUUACCAAGGACUAGCUAUGGGUGCUAAAAUGGAAGGGAUUAUGGAAAGUCUCACACAGAAGGCACAGUCAUCACUGCAAGGAAAAAUAUGUGCCAAAAAAAAAAAAUUUAGAGGGAAAGUUUCUUGCUUUGUAAAGACCCCAAUCUGAUCACAGAAUUGCUGUUGUAGAGAGGAACAUCAAAAGUGUUUUUACUCUGCUGCAACUUCACUGUAUAGCCACUCGACACCACUGUGAGCCGGGAAAGGGUACAUGUUCGCAAAAAACCAAGUGUAGAGAGAUACUUAAAACAUUCAUUUUACAGUGAAGCUAAUUAUGCUUCAUCAUCUAUGUCCUAUCUUUUGAUAAUGUUUGUAAAACAUUGUUUUGAAACAGAAAGAUUUCUUAAUGUGAUGCUCUUGAAAGUGCUGUGCUGCAGUUGACAGGUGGUGGUAGUAUUGUGUGCAUAUGGGCAUCACUAUUUGGUUAACAAAUUAAAUAGCUUGUGAUUGCAGUCAAAGUUAUGACUGUAGCCUCAGUCCACAGGUAGCCUGUACUUUUAAACCAGACAGAUUGUGGCAUUUUUGUCCCUUGUAAAAAACCUAGAACAGCAACAAACACCUUAAUAUUUGCCCAUGUUGUUGUCAUACACAGGAGGAUGCUGUCUUUUGAUGGUUAAUUUGUAAAACACUGGUUCAGGGGACCAUGGUUUUAUGGGUGAUAUGAAUAGCAGCACUGUGGAGAACUAAUUUUUAAAUCUGCUAUAUUAUUAUUAUCAUAUCUCCUGUGUGUCUUUAACUAAACUGUAAUCUUUAUCUACCUGUGAUUCUCACUGUGAUAUAAAACAACUGGGUUUCAUCAAGAAUGGAUAAAACUCUCCUUAUUUACUAUAUCCUGCAUUUUGAAUCAUGUACAGAAACGCCACAAUUUCUCAUCAUGAGUUCACACCUGCAGACAAAUUUCUGUAAUGAUUAAGGCAUUUUUUCCUCUGUUAGUACUUCAUAUGUAAAUUUAAUUAUAAUCAAUGUAUUCUGCAGAUAUAAAUCUCAAUAUUGUGAUAAUUCUCUAGCUGAUAUGAGUUAGCAUUAAGUAGUUAUGAUCUAACGUAGGCACAGAAACUGUCGGCUAGCCUCCUGACAGUCAUUGUAUUACCACCAGGCUUCUUUAAUCUUUGUGGUUAUGGGCAUGUUGUGGAUUUUUAUUUAUGUAUGAUGAUAGAAGUUGAAAAUGACAAAGAUGAGCUGGAACUUGGAAUAUUAUACUUCUGCAGCACAUUCAUAAUAAAGACACAAUGCAUGCAA